AUGCCUAUUACCGUGUGUUGUGUCAACUCUUGUCUUGCCAAGGAUAUAGUAAUGCAUUUCGAACAUCAAUAUCUUGAUGGCUUCACGAGGAAAUACCACGGUUAUCCUACUCUACUGACUGAAGAAGAAAUAGCUUGUGGAGUACCCAGUCAAUCCAUCACUGACUAUUAUGAUCAUACUUACUGUAAAAGAAGGCAAGGUAUGGAAGAAGCAGCUCCUGAAAUAAUUAAAAAGCCAAAAUAUAGUAAAGAAUACAUGCUGGUUAAUUUAGAUGAUUCACAAAAUAGUAAAAGAGAAAAUACUGGAGAGACUUCUGUGUCAGAUGACAUCACCAUGUUGUCAAAGCCAUCAACUUCUCAGCAAAGUUAUUACAUCUCCAUGUCGCCAAAACCAUCAACUUCUCAGCAAAGUUAUGAUGUCCCCAUUUCACCAAAGCCAUCGACAAUUCAACACAGUGAUAAAAACAAAUGUAUUAAGCUUGUAAAAAGUAGACCUCGACUUGUAACCAAUAUUAACAACUUAAGAACUGCACUCAAGUCUUCAGUGAACGCGUAG